UCACACCAAAACCCAUUAUGGCGAUGAAGGGGUACAUGAUCAUAGGCCUUCUUGUUCUUGUUGGCUCUUUCGCCAACACCAUUAUGAAUGCUAAUGCUAUUACUCCCAGCUACGGCAUUUCUUCACUUAACAGGACCAGCUUUCCCAAAGGUUUCACAUUUGGUGCAGCAUCAUCUUCCUAUCAGUAUGAAGGUGCAGCGUUUGAAGAUGGCAAAGGAUUAAGUUUGUGGGAUUAUUACAGCCACAAAUACUCAGAUAAAAUAGCGGAUGGCAGCAAUGGAGAUGUAGCUGAUGAUCAAUAUCAUCGCUAUAAGGAGGACUUUGGGAUUCUGAAGGAUAUGAAUGCAGAUGCAUACAGAUUCUCAAUCGCAUGGCCCAGGCUGAUACCAACCGGAAAGAUUAGUGAUGGUGUGAACCAGAAAGGAAUCGACCACUACAACAAGGUCAUCGAUGAACUCCUAGCCAAAGGUCUUAAGCCCUAUGUGACAAUCUUCCACUGGGAAACUCCAAUGGUCUUAGAACAUGAGUAUGGCGGUUUCUUAAGCCAAAGCAUUGUGGAAGACUUCAAGGACUUCGCUGAGCUUUGCUUCAAGGAGUUUGGUGACAGGGUAAAGCAUUGGAUCACCUUAAACGAGCCUUAUACCUACAGCAAUGGUGGAUAUGCGGCAGGGGUUUUAGCACCUUUCAGAUGUUCGAGCUGGCAAAAUCUGAGUUGCACCGACGGGGAUUCAGCAACGGAGCCAUAUACCGUCACCCACAAUCUGCUUCUCGCUCAUGCAGCUGCCGUUAACGUGUAUAAGACCAAAUAUCAGGCAGAGCAAAAAGGUGUUAUAGGGAUAACACUUGUGUGCGAUUGGAUGGUGCCGUAUUCUAAAUCGGAGAAAGACCAUGCUGCCGCGUUACGUGCCCUUGAUUUCAUGUUCGGAUGGUUCAUGGAACCCUUAACAAAGGGUCGCUAUCCCCUCAGCAUGCGUACUCACGUACGUGAAAACCGACUACCCAGAUUCAACAGAACUGAAUCGAAGCUGGUGAAGGGAUCAUACGACUUUAUCGGAUUAAACUACUAUACUGCCACUUAUGUUGCUGAUGCACCUGAAUAUAGGUCUCUGAACAAAAGCUACCUGACUGAUGCUCUUGUUAAUAAAACUGGUUCGCGCAACGGGGUCCUCAUUGGUCCACAGGCUGCUUCAAGUUGGCUCUAUGUCUAUCCUAAAGGAAUUUAUGAUCUUCUUGUCUACACAAAAUCCAAGUACGGCGAUCCAGAAAUUUUCAUCACCGAGAAUGGAAUCGAUGAGUUCAAUAAUGCCUCAUUACCGCUUAAGGAAGCCCUUAGGGACACCCAAAGAAUUGACUAUUAUUAUAGGCAUCUUGCGCAUGUUCAUAAGGCUAUCGGGGUGGGCGUGAAAGUUAAGGCAUACUUUGCUUGGACAUUCUUGGACGACUAUGAAUGGAUGUCUGGUUAUACGGUUCGAUUUGGCAUCCACUUUGUUGACUAUGUGAACGGAUUAAAAAGAUACCCUAAACUUUCAGCAAAAUGGUUCCAGAAUUUCCUCAAGAAAUAGAAACGAAGAUUUUCACAUUACGAACUGACUAUCAAAUUAAUUGUGUGGUCUCAGAUCAAUAAAUUGAGCAUCUGAUCUUCUCUAUGAAUAUUAUAGUACUUUUUGAAUAAUGUAAUUUUCUUUCUGUAUUGACUGAAACGCUUGCAGAAUAAUAAAUUGCCCUGCGGAUGGUCUCCGUCUUUUAUUA